AUGACACGACAUCAAGCGCCCUCACGUACUGAUCACCAUGGCUCGAAUCGUGUCUUCCAUCGUCAUCAAGACCUCAUGCGGCUUUAUUCUGCUUUUACUUGCCGUAGCAAUCGAAAAAGUAGUACAAGAAGCUCCAUAACUGAUCUAUAUGAGAGCGAGUAUAUAUCACCACAUGAUCUUGCAGUAUUAAAGCAGAAUUUCCAGUUUCUACGUGACGAAAACGAUGACAUUGAACAAGGACAGACAGAUUGGCACAUUCGAAUGAGUGUACGCUAUUAUCAACAACUCUAUCGAGAGUAUGCACUUGCUGAUUUAUCUCGUUAUCAAGAGGGUAAAAUUGGACUACGAUGGCGCACGGAGAGAGAAGUUAUUGCGGGUAAAGGACAGUUUCAAUGUGGCAAUAAAGACUGUCACGAACGUACUGGAUUGCAUAGUUAUGAGCUUUUAUUUGCAUACGUGGAGCAUGGAAAGAAGAAACAAUGUAUGGUCAAAGUACGUGCAUGCAGCAAUUGUGCAGAGAAAUUAUUUUAUAAGAAAGUGCAAGACAUGAUGAGAAAGGAGAACCCUCAAGUGGAAAAGUCGGAACGAAAACGACGCGAUGUGGAGAAGAAUGUGUCCAAUGGGAAAAAAGACAAGCGGCGUAGACGCUUGAUGUCCUGUGGUGAUUUACACAAGUGUGCUGGGAAUGGUGUUGAUGAUGAUGCUAGUGAAUGGAAAGAGGUGCAGACAGGAAAUGAUGAACGACAUGGUGGAAAUGACCAAAGGAUUCACAAGUUAUGUGCAAAGAUCAAUGCAGAGCAAAACGCGGCUUAUCCACGACAUGUGAGCCAGCACAGGGAUGAGUUUAAGGAGUUGCUACUGUAA